ACAUAAAUAUAGCUCAUACCAAUUCAGUCUCAAUUUCCAAUUAGAGAGUGAUUAGACGGGCAGAUAAGGCAGUUCGGUGGGAGCAAACAGAGUACUAGCACCCAUGAUAAGGAGCUAUCUCUCAGUGAUUUUAAGUUAAUUUGUGGAUUCAGUGCCAUUUGGGGUGUUUUCCUCGCAUUUAACUUGUCUGUGAAAAACGCGUUUUUUUUGUGUGAAAAUGGCCCUGAAAUUCUGUGCCAAUCUCUCAUUUAUGUUCACUGAAAGUGGAAGUUUGCUUGAGAGGUAUGGGCAGGCACGACUGGCGGGAUUCCGAGGUGUUGAGAGUGCCUUCCCAAAGGGAUUCAGUAUUGAAGAACUUGUGACAGCCAAACAAUCCCUCACUCAGGUGCUGAUAAACAUCCGAACAGGAACCGUUGCUGGUGGGGAAUUUGGUGUUGCUGCACUGUACGGGGAUGACAAAGGACCCAACUACCAGGAAGCUUUUCGCACAGAUCUCCAAGCUACUGUUGAAUAUGCAAAAGCUCUCGAGUGCAAGAAGAUUCACAUAAUGGCGGGAAAGGUGCAAGAAGCCACGGAGGACAAUCACAGGGCUUAUGUUGAAAAUCUAAAAUAUGCCGCAAAUUUUCUGGAAAAGGAGGGAAUUGUGGGUCUUAUUGAACCAAUAAAUCGCUACGCUGUUCCUGGAUAUUAUUUGAAUUCCUACGAGAAAGCUUUGGAGGUACUGAAUGAGGUAAACAAUCCAAAUCUUCGGCUUCAGCUGGACUUCUUCCAUUUGCAACACAUCAAAGGCAACCUCACGCAUUCCGUGAAGGAUCUCUUACCUUACAUUGGACACGUUCAAAUAGCCCAAGUGCCCCAUCGCAAUGAGCCUGAUACUCCAGGAGAGAUUGACUAUCGCUAUGUCUUUGAGAUGUUAACCAAGGAGGGCUACAACGACUGGGUUGGUUGUGAAUAUCACCCGAAAACCUUCACCACCGACGGGCUUGGAUGGAUUAAAGAUUUUGGCUUGGCAUUCUAAGAAGAGAAUAAGAGGCAUAUAAGUGAUGUAUAAUUCAAACUAAUGGCAGCUUUGAAUAAAGAAUGUGCAAAUAUUCUUAAA